UCCAAAGAUAAUGCUUUCAAAUAUUCGAAGAGGCACUCAGGAAGAUAGGUUGGAUUGUGUUCGGACCAGUGACUAGAUCGAGGGUAGAUACAUUCCCCGUGCGCUGUAAUCUCAUGACGCCAGACUAGAUGGUGCACAAGUUUCCCGAACUAGAUCACGUGCCCAAAGAGCGCCAACUAACUCCUGAGGGAAAAUGGUGUGAAAAACAUGUUAUGGACACCCAUGUUCGUCAACCAAUACACCAUCACACGGUCCGCCUGCCGUUCAAAACUGUUUAUGAUCCUUCUCAAGUUCUCGGACUAUCUAGACUGAUCGCCUUAAAUUUCCACGCCUUGGAACAAAACUUUAGCAGCAAACAGAAUGAAGACAGCCGAGACAGCGGAGAAGACUCGAAGCUGGCAGUACGAGCAACCAAGAUAAGUCCCUUAACACUCGAUUUCUGGACGGACAACGGAUCCUACGACGAUGGUGUUCAUACUGGCUCUCACACCUACUAGCACGUCCCAAAUGGAGACAGAAAGAAACCAAUUUAAAGGUACCGUCAGAAAGGAUGGCUUCUUACUGCACCAAGUUUUGGAGGGCGGCAUGUACGGACGAUUAUUCACUUAUACGAUCGAUUAU